AUGAAUUUUAUAAAGUCAAUUUUCUCCAAACCUUCAGCACCUUAAUAAUAGCAACAACCGAAGAAUCCAAAUUCUGAUUUCUCUAUUCUUGAUCCACAAUUUACCUAAGUGAGAUUGAGAGAUGCAAAAUUGCUAAUCAAAGAUAUGAGGAGAUUAGAAUAAGUUGUUAAUUAUCAGCCAGAAUCAAUCAAUGAAUAACUCAAAAAAUGCUAUGCUUUACAUAUUAUUUUGAGCAGUGAUCAAUAUUAAGCAAUAGACAAGGUGAUAAUGUGUUGUGAAAAAAAUAAUGUAAAUAAUACUAUAAAAUAGAGAUCAAACCAGUUGCACAUAACACAUAAGCAAGAACAGCGGUUACCACGAAUAUUAAUUAAACAUGUUAGAUAUUGUCAGAUUAAUAAAUGAUCGCUACUUAAUAUCAGAAUUCCAUGUAUCUUAAUGUCUCUGAUGUAAUCAAGAUUUUAUAUUUGAUUUAGCAAUUAUAACUAUAUGAGCAAAUUCAUCAAAAUGAAUCGGAAUUCAUGAACACCUAUUUCAAUUACAUCUAGAGGAUUACUCAAAAUUCUGAUAUCUACAACUCUUGUAAGUUCCAUCAAUACCCAUAUUAAGACGAAACUUUCAAUCGAAAAUUGUAAUUUGUGUGGCUUUUCAAAAUUAUCAACAUGCUUAAUUUUAAAUUAGGUUUUUUACCCUACCUACAAUUCUCCUUCAAUCAAAAAACAUAGAAUUCAUUCAUCAUCAGAGACAUAGCCUAUCUAAUUUAUAAGGAUUGCUUAUUGGAGUAUGGGUUUUUGAGAAAUGAAAUAACUGAUAUGAUUGAUUCCUAUUCAUAAUUUUAGGUUAGAGAUUGUAAAUCUAUUGUGUUAAUUUAGCUCUACAAUUUUAUGAAUUGGUUGUGAUCAUGCUUGAAAUUAAUAAAAAAAUGAAAUAAUUCUAUGAAAUGAGACAGCAAUUCGCACUAAAUUCCUCAUCCGUCAGAGACGUUAAAUGGUUUGUUAUAGAAAAAAAACAAUUAAUUGAAAUCGAAAACUUUGUGUCCAAAGCUAAAUUGCUGAACACUGCCUAAUUCAAGAAGAGUCUAAUGGUGCCAACUCAAAAAAUUGUUAUGGAAAAUCUGUAGAAAGUGAUGAUGGACCCAUCUCUAAUGGAAAAUUCUUUUCUUAAGGUAUAUAUAGAUCGUAUUCAAAGGAACCAACAACAGCGAAAAACAUUAAGAGAAUAAAUGAACUCCUUUAUUCACCCUUAAAUUCUAAAUAAAUCAAAAUAUCAAAUCAUUCGAGAUAAUUGUCAAAAAAUUGA